ACUUUGCUCAUAUUUUCACUUGGACUGUUCUAUUUACAGUCACUAACCAAGGAAGAUUGGGCGAGAUCGUUAUCUUGCAUGCUGAGCAACAAAAUCACCCCUAAAUUAAUCUACUGUGACCACAAGGUAAUACUAAUACCUAUCAAGCAAACCACAUUACAAUUCUCAUGGCAUUAAGACUUUCAUCCGUUGUCUCCUCUGCAGUGUUUCGUCGUCAACUGCCUCUGGUGGGUGUUUUCUGUGUGAUUAGUUUCGGUGUUGCCAAUCUGUGCUCCUCAAUUCCUCCAUUCUCUAGAACAGGAUCAAUAUUUGGUGUACAAGCUCAGGAGAGUAAACUUCACAAUAUAAGAAUGGAAGCAAGUAAAACUACUGUGCCCAGCAUAGUUGUCUAUGUCACUGUACCAAGCAAGGAAGCAGGACAGAAACUAGCAGCGAGCAUUGUCAAAGAACGACUUGCUGCCUGUGUUAAUCGAGUUCCAGGUGUUGAAUCAGUUUAUGAGUGGAAAGGAGAGAUACAAACUGAUACCGAAGAGUUGCUUAUCAUCAAGACCAGGGAAUCUCUUCUAGACGCUUUGACCCAACAUGUGAAGGCAAAUCAUGAAUAUGAGGUACCUGAAGUGAUCGCGAUGCCCAUAACCGGCGGCAACACACAAUAUCUGGAAUGGUUGAAGAACAGCACAAAGGAUCAAUAAGAUGGCCUGGCACUGGAUUAUCUUAGGGCAUCAUCAAAGUAUGUUUCUUGCAGCAUGUCUAUUCUAUUCUUACUUUUCUGUGGUGGUAUACAUAGCAAAAUUUCUGAUUAUCUGCCUUAACUUUACCAUUGGGUAAUAUUUAUAGUAAUUAAUAUAAAUACAAGUGCUCUUUGCUU